UGUGGACUGUCGACUCGCUUUCACCCCAAAAUGGUGGAAACGCAGGACCGCUGCUGGGCGUUGGUGUUGCAAUGGAAUGUUCUAUUAAAGUACACAUGAAAUAAAAAUUGACCUUAUUUAUUUUGUUAGCUCAAAUUGCUAGUUUUGUGGUGAACAAUUCAUCCGUGCAAGUCAAUCCAGACAAAAAAAAUUGUUUGGCUUCGUAAUUGUGGUAUCCUGAUGUUGUAGUUGUUCCGCUCCGUGCCACAGGAGGUGCUGUUGUCCUUCGGGAUCACGUGGGUGCUGUUACAGUGAGCCAGAGAAGAAGUGUCAGAGAACCGCUAUGGCGUAUGUAUGCUCUGUGACGAGGAUACUGGAAGGAGGAGAGAAGUGUCGAUCUAAAAGGUGGAGGAUACUGAAUGUGUUCAGUGAGCUGAUGGUGAGAGAGCGAAAAGCUAACGUUAGCAUUGGAUCGGAGGAUUCACAGAAAAAAACGCAAAGAUGACAACGAUGAUAGGCACUCUGUCGGCUUUUGACUUGAAGGAGCAGACGUGGGAAGAGUAUUGUGAAAUACUAGAGCAGUUUUUUGAAGCUAACGGGAUUGAUGAUGGAGAGAAGCAAAGAGCUAUCCUCAUCAGCGUGGUGGGACCAGCCACCUACAAGCUCAUAAGGAACUUGGUGAGUCCAGAUAAACCCAGCUCGAAAACAUAUGGUCAAGUGAAAACUUUAAUGAAAGAGCACUUCAACCCAAAACCGAGCGAAAUAGUACAGCGAUACAAAUUCGACUCGCGCACCCGCCAGCCAAUGGAGACCGUCAGUACAUACGUAGCAGAAUUGAGACAGUUAGCGCAUGAUUGCAAUUAUGGUACUACAUUGGAACAGAUGUUGAGAGACCGAUUGGUAUGCGGUAUUAAUGAUGACAGGAUCCAAAGACGCUUGCUGUCCGAAACAGAUUUGACUUUUGAAAAAGCGUUCAAAAUUGCAGUAGCGGCGGAAGCUGCUAGUAAAAAUGUUCAAGACCUCCAUAAAACACCGUUAGCGUGUAACAGCAUGAAGACAGAGGGGGCACGGAAAAAAGAGGGUGAAUGGAAAAAGGCAGGAAGAGAAUGCUACCGAUGUCAUGGGAAGCAGCAUAGCGCAGCCGAGUGUAAAUUUAAAGAGGCAAAGUGUCACUGUUGCGGGAAAAUAGGACACAUAGCUAAGGCUUGCCGAAAUAAAAAGAAAGAAAGCGCAUACCCCAGUGAAAAGAAAGCAUACCGAGCAGAGAAAACAUACAGGGCAGAGCGGUGUUCACGUCCACAUCGAUCACAUAAUGUAGAAUGGGAAAAGCAGGAUGGUGAUAGAUCUGAAGAGGAUGCUUUCACAUUAAACUGCAUGGAAACGGAGACUUCAAUUCAGCGGAUAAAACCGUUUGAGGUGACGUUGGAAGUGAAUGAAAAAACAGUGAAUUUUGAGAUUGACACAGGGUGUAGCGUAAGCAUAAUGAAUGAGAGGAAAUUUAAGGAGCUGUGGAGCGAGAAGCAACGUCCGAAACUAAAACAAACUAAACUUUCACUUAAGUCAUACACCGGGGAGAAAAUCAAAGUAGUGGGGGUAGCAAAAGUGGAAGUUCACUACGAGCAGCAAGUAAAGACAUUGCCCCUAGUGGUGGUGGAAGGCACUGGACCUAGUUUGUUGGGAAGAGGAUGGUUGGAAGCCCUGAAGCUGAGGUGGGAGGAAAUAAAAAAUGUGAGAACAGAGGCACAGAGUCUACCAGAAGUACUCAUGAGAAAUGAGGAUGUGUUCAAGCAGGAGUUAGGCAUGUUAAAAGGCAUGACAGCAACCAUUCGGGUGGAAACUGACGCGCAGCCUAAAUUUUAUAGGCCCCGAUCAGUUCCUUAUGCCAUGAGAGCUAAAGUAGAAGAGGAGUUAGAUCGUCUGCUGAAAGAGGACAUUAUAGCUCCUGUCAAGUACGCCGAAUGGGCCGCGCCUAUUGUUCCUGUUCUGAAGCCAAAUGGGUCAGUCAGAAUAUGUGGAGAUUAUAAACUAACGGUUAACCGUGCCUCCUCACUCGAGCAAUACCCCAUUCCUCGUGUUGAAGAUCUGUUUAAUGCACUGUCAGGAGGGAAACAGUUCUCCAAGCUUGAUUUAAGCCAUGCUUACCAACAGAUUGUGAUGGAUGAGGCUUCAAAGAAAUACCUCACAAUAAACACACACCGAGGCCUGUUCACCUAUAAUAGGUUACCUUUUGGAGUUUCUUCAGCUCCUGCCAUUUUCCAGCGAACAAUGGAAAAUCUGUUACAAGGCCUUCCAAGAGUAGCUGUGUAUUUAGAUGACAUUAUUCUGACAGGAAGGGACGAAGCUGAACAUCUGAGGACCCUAGAGGAGGUCCUCAGACGUCUGAAGGACGCUGGCCUGCGUCUCCACAGAAGCAAAUGUGUGUUUCUAAAAAAAGAGGUGGAAUACCUCGGGCAUGUGGUUAAUGCUGAAGGCUUGCAUCCUGUGCAGAGCAAAGUGAGAGCCAUAGAGGAAGCUCCAUCGCCAACCACCGUGACUGAAUUAAAGGCCUACUUAGGUCUCUUGAACUACUAUAAUAAGUUCCUACCUAGCUUAGCUACACGCUUAGCGCCACUACACAAACUGUUGAGAAAAGAUGUUCAGUGGACGUGGAACCCUGAGCAGGAAGAAGCUUUUCAGAACUCAAAACAGUUACUGAAGUCAGCUAAGGUCCUGGGUCAUUACUCAGCGGACAAGGACCUAGUGCUCGCCUGUGAUGCCUCGCCUUAUGGAUUAGGUGCGGUAUUGUCACACGUCAUGGAAGAUGGUAGUGAAAAGCCUUUGGGGUUCAUGUCACGCACACUAACACCAGCCGAGAAGCGGUACUCACAGCUCGAUAAGGAGGGGUUAGCGAUCAUUUUCGGAAUCAAAAGGUUUCACAAAUACAUCUACGGUCGAACGUUCACCAUUAGUACUGACCACAAACCACUGAUAUCCCUGUUUCACGAAAAAAAGCCAGUGCCACAGAUGGGGUCACCGAGAGUGCAGAGGUGGGCAACACUACUCAGAGCUUAUGAGUACAAGAUCAUCUAUAAACCUGGGCAAAAACAUGCCAAUGCAGAUGCGCUGAGCAGGUUGCCACUGCCACAAAUAGAGGAAGAGGACGUGGAAGACCAGGUUCUCAUGUUGGAUGUCCUGGAGGAUCCACCAAUCACAACAAAGCAGCUGAGACAGUGGAUAGCUAAGGAUGAAACACUCUCCCAAGUGCUAGUCUGGUGCUUGAAGGGAUGGCCACGGGAGGUGGAUGCAAAGUACAAGCCCUACAGUCAGAGAAAACUGGAGUUGAGUGUAAAGGAUGGGUGCGUGCUCUGGGGAGCCAGGGUUGUCGUUCCACAGAGGUGUAGGAAAGCCAUUUUAAAACAGUUACACCACACACAUCCAGGAAUAUCUAGAAUGAAGGGCUUAGCUCGUUCAUAUGUCUGGUGGCCAGGAAUGGACUCCGAAAUUGAAAAGGAAGUGAUGUCCUGCUCUACAUGUCAGGAAAACAGGAAUUCUCCAGCUGGAGCCCCGCUACAUCCAUGGGAGUGGCCAGAGUCACCGUGGAGCAGACUGCAUGUGGAUUACGCUGGCCCUUUUCUAGGAAAAAUGUUCCUUGUCAUUGUAGAUGCACACUCCAAAUGGAUUGAUGUGUACCCAGGAAAUACAGCUACAAGUCAAGUUACCAUUGAAAAGCUCAGACAGUGCUUUAGCAUACAUGGUUUGCCCCAGACCCUAGUAUCGGACAAUGGAACUUGUUUCACAAGCCAAGAGUUUCAGGCAUUCCUAAAACAGAAUGGCAUACAGCACAUAACAUCCGCACCAUUCCAUCCGGCGUCGAACGGUCUAGCGGAAAGAGCUGUACAGUCGUUCAAGCAAGGAAUGAAGAAGAUAACGGGGGACACCAUAGACACCAGGUUAGCUAGAUUUCUGUUCAAUUACAGAAUCACACCACAGACCACAACUGGAUUGUCACCCGCUGAAAUGCUUAUGUCCAGAAGGUUGCGCUCAACACUGGAUCUUCUGCUGCCUGAUGUGAAGUCAAAGAUACGUCAGAAACAACUCAAGCAGAAGGGUCAACAUGACACUCACAGUAAGUGGAGGAGUUUUUCUCCUGGGGAUGAGGUGUACACUCGCAACUACAGUCAUGGACCUCGUUGGAUACCAGCGGUCGUUGUUGAUAACACCGGACCUGUAUCCUAUACAGUUCAGACAGGAGAUGGCCGAGUCAUUAGGCGUCAUGUCGAUCAAAUGAGAAAACGGCAUACCAUUGGGGGCAGCGAGACGCGCAUGUCAGAUUGGACGGAGGAGCCUACCAGUUUUCCAGUCUCAGGGACAGCAUUGGAGGCCCUGCCUGCAGACUCAAAUGUCCCCACUUCCGUCAGAGAGGAAGUGAGUGCUUCAGAGACAGUUCAAGCACACCCUUCAGUUGGUGAAAAGAAACCAAGAGGAGCUGAUCCGCUACCUGUACUGCGCAGGUCCGAACGCACAAAACAGACUCCUACUUACCUGAAAGACUUUGUGACAUAGUAGUGAGAUCCCUCAAGUCAGAGCAAGAAUGAGCUCUGGGACUCACUGGAAGGAU